AUGGCAGCUCUACGCACAGCAUCGCGCUUGGUGGCGCCCGUCCGAGCUACCAUCCGACCUUCCAUCGUGAGAUCAUACGCCACUGUUACCAAGGACAGUGCCUAUAAUCUCUCUGCCAGCCGACCUCCUGCCCCUCCGUCCAAGACCAGUACAGUGCAAGAACCAAGGCCGGAUAAAGAUGCAAAGAUCAAGACAUUCCACAUCUACAGAUGGAACCCAGACGAGCCGACCUCGAAGCCGAGAAUGCAGACAUACACUCUGGACUUGAACAAGACUGGCCCGAUGAUGCUGGAUGUGCUGAUUCGUAUCAAGAAUGAGGUAGACCCAACGCUGACCUUCCGCCGAAGCUGUCGAGAGGGUAUUUGUGGCAGCUGUGCCAUGAACAUUGACGGAGUUAAUACUCUGGCCUGCUUGUGCCGAAUUCCCACGGAUACAUCGAAGGAAUCCCGAAUUUACCCCUUGCCACACACCUACGUGGUCAAAGACCUGGUCCCUGAUCUGACACAAUUCUACAAGCAAUACAAAUCUAUCAAGCCUUUCUUGCAACGAGACACCAAGUCACCGGAUGGCAAGGAAAACCGACAGUCGCCAGCUGACCGGAAGAAGUUGGAUGGGUUAUACGAAUGCAUCCUCUGCGCUUGCUGCUCCACUUCAUGCCCAUCUUAUUGGUGGAAUAGUGACCAAUAUUUGGGCCCUGCCAUCCUCCUUCAAUCGUACCGCUGGCUGGCCGAUUCUCGUGACGAACGCAAGGCCGAGCGCAAAGAAAUGCUGGACAAUAGUAUGAGCUUGUACCGAUGCCAUACCAUUUUGAACUGUUCAAGAACCUGCCCAAAGGGACUCAACCCCGCCAAGGCGAUUGCAGAGAUCAAGAAGAGCAUGUCUUUUGCUUAA